CUGUCACAACAAAACAAAACUUUUUACAAAAUAAUGACAGUGUCAUGUGCUGUUACAUUUCAUGUUUAUACUUUCACUUUACUUUUUAUUAAAUAUGAAGUUAUGUUUUAGUACAGUUAUUAUACAGAACGCCGGUGUGUACGAAAUUAACAGUGACGAUAUUGCAAUGAUUUUUUAUUUGACCGUAGAAAAUACGUUUGAAUGCAAAGUUCACGUAAGUGUUUCCAGCCUAAAAUGCAUUGAAGGAGAUCCUUAUUCCGACACAGCGGACCAUAUGUUCGUAAUUGGGGGAGAUAUGGGGGUCAUUAAUAGCAAAGGUGUGAAAAACGCUACACUAAUUUACCCAAAUUUGUAUUUGCGAAAUAGAGCUGGGAAAUGUUUAAUGUCGCUAAAUUACCAAACUGAACAAUCAUCCGAGCAAAUGAUCAGAGAAAUAUAUUUUAACACGAACGAGAUUUACCAUAAAGGAGGAGGUACAGCCCUUGAUAAAUGCUCGACUUGUGAUCUCACGUCUGAAACUUGUCUUCCUGUCGACUGUGUUAUUAAAUACUCCUCUCGAAGGAGUUACUUCAACCGUGAGCGUAAAAUUUGUCAGUCGGUUCCUGAAUGUCCCCCAAAUACUAUCUACGUCCCCAAAAGUAACAUUUGCAGGAAGUUACACGAACCAGUGUGUGAGUCUGAUCUUGAAAUGAUUGAGGAUGGUAACAUCGAACAUUGCCACAGUAUUUCAAAUAUUGUGAAUUCAAAAUGUUACCACGGAGUUUUGGACAAUGGAACGGGAGAAUGUGAGUGUGAUGAUGGAUGGGCUACUGCAACAUGCGCCGAAGGAGCGUAUCAUCCGACACUAAAUCUUUACCAUAUGUGCAAUGUCGGGUUUAAUUCUUGGCAAAGGGCUAAUAGGGAAAAGUUAAUAAUGACGAUUUUAGUUUUAGUGAUUUUGGCUAUUGCCCUCGCCGCUAAAAUGUUGCUAGCGGUAUGUCUUUUAAACUGGUGUUGCCACUUUAUCAGAUCGAGAAGUAAAAGUUAUAUCGAUGAUGAAUUCUGUGGAUCGGAACAUUGCCACUAUAGUAGUUAUUGUGGUGACGCUGAUUGUCUCCAAGAGGUUCCUAAAGAUAAAUCUUCAAGGACAAUAAGAGUGUCCUUUUCAAAUAUUAGCUCUGCUGAAGAUACUGAUGCUACAGCCAGUGGAGAUGACGAUAAAACUCAUUCCAAAUCUUCAGGAAAUGCGAGCCAUGCAACUAUUAAUCUUUGUCACUGUCAAAGAUAAAAGAAUGACAAAUAAAACAUUAUGCUUUGUAUUUA